AUGUUGCUCGACAUCCAUGCACCAGAGAUCAAUUGCCUAUUUAUAGACGUCAAAAGCCCACAGACUAGCACUACUCUUGCUUUCAUAGUUCGCUCUUGUGCUCCCAAAAUCUUCCAGUUCACACCGUCACCUCAAUUCAGAGCUCUGAAUUUGUAUAUCGAACGUGGAGCAGACGAUAGUAUAUUACUUAUUGAAAACUGCGUGCUUCACUUCAACAUUUUUAAAAAAGACUUAAAGACUACUCCAUUAGAACCUGCAUUUGCUUCUAUCUUUAAAAAGCUGAUAGGAAAGCCUUACUUCUGUAAGGUGUUUUCCUGUUUCAGAAAGUAUACUCACAUCAGUGAAACAUUCCUAGACAAUCUAUCCACAUCACUGCAAUUAUCGCGACAUGAGAAUUUUCAGUUUGCGGUUGCAUUAGCAAACGCUGACGAGGAUGACCUCAGUAGGGCUGGAGAGAAGUUCUGUGAAGAGCACUUCAAAGAGUUGUGUGACCUGUCUGAGAGAGGCCAUAUACCUUCUGUUCAAGCAUUGCUCGAGGAACGAAUUAGAGCCCUAAUGGACUCUGGGAUUCAGGAACUUUCUAACAAUGCACAUAAGUCUGGAACUCAGGAUCUUAUUCAGGAGGAAGCUCCUACUUCUUCUAAGGUUUACCAAGUUCUUCAAGAAGAUACUGCAUUGCUUUCUUCUAAUCAACUUUCCAAGGAAAUGGAAAGUUUGUGCAUAACGUCUGCAGACGAUUGUCCGAUGAUAGAGAAGAUUAGUGAUGAACCUGGUUCUUCAACAGUUGAAGUUGAUGCAGAUCCUAUAAACACAGAGGCCAAUGCUUAUUUCCAACAGAUGUUCUCAGGUCAAUUGACAGUUGAUGCAAUGGUUCAAAUGCUUAUGCAGUUCAAGGGAUCUUCUGAAAAAAGGGAGCAAUUGGUAUUUGAGUAUAUGAUCAUCAACCUGCUUCAAGUGAAAAAGUUUUUCAACACAUACUCCGAUGAACAGUUUAACCUUUCUGCUAUUCUAUUUGGAUUACUUAUCAAGAAUCAAGUUAUGAACGAUUCUACACUGAGCAUUGCCUUACAAUCCGUUUUGGAUGCAUUACAUGAACCUGCAGAUUCCAAAAUCUUUAUUUUUGGGAUAAAGGCCUUGGAAACUUUUGUAGAUCGCUUGAUUGAAUUUCCAGAAUUCUGCCAACAAGUCUUACAGAUCUCUCAUCUAAAGGGUACUCAUUCUGAGCUUGUUUCCAUUAUUGAAAAGACACUUGGCAGAACUUCAUCAAGCCAUUCAGAAUCAGAUGAAGCCCACAAUCAAUGUAGUUCUAUCCCACCACCAGAAAAUGUCGUGGAACAAGUUAGAUCCCUAAAGGAGGGCGAACAUGGCAUUCAGGAACCUUCUGACAGGGCACAUAAAUCUGGAACUCAGGAUCUUUUUCAGGAGGAAGCUCCUACUUCUCCAAAGGUCCUUCAAGAAGAUACUGCAUUGCCCUCUUCUAAUCAACUUUCAAAGGAAAUGGAAAAUUUGUGCAUAACGUCUACAGACGAUUGUCCAAUGAUAGAGAACAUUAGUGAUGAGCCUGAUUCUUCAACAGUUGAAGUUGAUGCAGAUCAUAUAAACACAGAGGCCAAUGCUUAUUUCCAACAGAUGUUCUCUGGUCAAUUGACAGUUGACGAAAUGGUUCAAAUGCUUACACAGUUCAAGGGAUCUUCUGAAAAAAGGGAGCAAUUGAUAUUCGAGGAUAUGAUCAGCAACCUGCUUCAAGUGAAAACGUCUUUCAACACAUACUCGGAUGAACAAUUUAAUCUUUCUGCUGUUCUAUUUGGAUUACUUAUCAAGAAUCAAGUUGUGAGCGAUUCUACACUGAGCAUUGCCUUACAAUCCGUUUUGGAUGCAUUACAUGAACCUGCAGAUUCCAAAAUAUUUAUUUUUGGGACAAAGGCAUUGGAAACUUUUGUGGAUCGCUUGAUUGAGUUUCCAGAAUUCUGCCAACAAGUCUUACAGAUCUCUCAUAUACAGGGUACUCAUUCUGAUCUUGUUUCCAUUAUUGAACAGACACUUGGCAGAACUUCAUCAACCCAUCCAGAAUCAGAUGAAGCCGACAAUCAAUGUAGCUCUAUCCCACCACCAGAAAAUGUUGUGAUGCCGGAUUCAUCUUCCCAUUUGACUGGAUCUGAUGGUGAACAUCUUGGUUCUCAAGUAUCUUCUCCACCAAAGCUUCAACAGAGAAAUGAGAUUCAAUCAGAUGAAAUACAAAAACCAUCUUUGACUGAAUCCAGUCACACAAAUCAAAACUUAACUACUUCGGUUGCUACCUCAAGUGAUUCAGCAAAUAUCCAGAAGGCAAGUAACAUGCUGUCACCUCAAAGUGUAGCUAUAUCUUCAGCACUAAUGGCUUCAUCUCCAGAGUUUCGUCUUCCAUCUAGAACAGUUGCCUCAACAAGCUUUGUCUCAGCAAGCAGCAGUACACUUCUUGAUGUUGCUCAAAGAAGAGAAACACCCGUACAGGCCCCACCAUCCAUAACUCGGGAUAGAAUCUCAUUCAUUUUUAAUACUUUAUCCAUUGCAAAUAUUGAAGCUAAAGUAGAAGAGUUUACCAAGAUUCUGGAGGAACCGUAUUAUCCCUGGUUUGCACAAUAUCUUGUUAUGAAAAGAGCAAGCAGCGAACCAAAUUUUCACAAGCUGUUUAUGAGUUUUCUUGAGAAAGCUCAUUCAAAACAGCUUAUGGAAGAAGUAGUUCAAGAAACCUAUAAAAAUUGCAAGAUUCUGUUAAGGUCUGAGCUGAUACAGACAAGUUCUGAGCAGCGUCUGUUGCUCAAGAAUCUUGGGGGAUGGCUCGGAAUGAUUACAAUCGGUAGAAAUAGAGCUUUAUUGUCUAAGCAUAUUGAUCCAAAAUCUUUAAUUAUAGAGGCUUAUGAAAAGGGAUUAAUGAUUGGGAUAAUUCCAUUUACCUCCAAGGUUUUGGAACCUUGCAAAGGAAGUCUAGCAUAUCAACCACCGAAUCCGUGGACUAUGGGGAUUCUUGGAUUACUUGCUGAAAUACAUGCAAUGCCAAAUCUCAAAGCAAAUCUCAAGUUUUCAAUAGAAAUAUUGUUCAAGAAUCUUGAAUUGGACAUGAAGGCAGUUACUCCAACAUCUCUUCUGAAGGACAGAGUUAGGAAAAUUGAAGGAAACCCCGAUUUCUGCAACAAAGAUGUUGGGUCAUCUCAGCAAAAUACUGUAACAUCUGCUGUAAAUCAAGUUGAACUACCACAUGAAGCUGCUGUUACAUCUUAUCAGGGUGGGGAUUCACAUAUAUUAUACCAGCAUGCUGCUCCAGUUCAUUUCCCUGCUGUUCCUUUGGUUGAAGAUAUGAACAUGCUUUUCCAAAGAUUGCUUCCAGUGAUAAUGGAUAAGGCUAUUAAAGAAAUCCUUUCUACUAUUGUUCAGAAGAGUGUUACCAUAGCAACUCAAACAACAAUGGCACUUGUUUUAAAGGAGUAUGACAACGAUUCUGAUGAGAACUAUAUCCAUAGUACAUCAUCCUCCAUCAUUGUUUGCCUGGCUGGAAAUCUGUCUUAUGUUACUAGCAAGGAACCUCUUCGUAAGAAGAUGUCAAGUCAGCUAAGAAACUCUCUACAGGGUUUGAAUAUUGCAAGUGAAUCCCUUGAACAUGCCAUGCAACGUGUUAUUGAUGACAACCUUGAGUUGGGAUGUGCAUCAAUUGAAAAGGCUGCAAUUGAAACGGGGCUAGUAAUAGUAAAAAAUGAAAUUGCUCAGCAACUUUCAGUUAGAAGGAAGCAAAUAGAAAGUUCUAGAACUACAACAAUUGAUCCAAGCCUAUUUGCACAAAGUCGUAUAGGUGCUUUUCCAGAAGCAUUUCAUCCUCAAGCUGCCCAAUUUGUAUCCCUUCAUCAACCACAAGUUCGUAUGGUUCCAGCUCCUCAAUCACAUGUAUCAGGGACUUAUAAUGUUGCUAAUGAAAUGAGAGCCCAACAACAGACGUUUCUUCCACCUUCAAGUUCCAGGCACUUUAUAAGCAAACCUUCAUUAACUACUGGUGCUGCAUUGGAUGAAUAUCAUGUUCUUGUAAAGAAGCUUGAAUUUUUGAUUGGUAAAGAUGCUAAACAAGCUGAAAUUCAGUCUGUUGUUUGUGAGGUUCCUGUGGUUGUUCUUAGAUGCAUCAACAAGGAUGAGGCUGCCUUGGCUGUGGCUCAAACGGUUUUCGAGAGUUUAUAUGAAAAUGCAGCCAACUAUGUACAUGUCAAUGCUGACCUUGACAUCUUAGCUGGUGUGUGUGAUGUUAGCAAGCUUGUGGGGAGGGAACUCACUAGUUGGGUAGUGCAUUCUGAUGAUGAGAGGAGAUUCAACAAAGAUAUUACAGUUGGCCUAAUUCGCAGGGAAUUACUGAACCUCACUGAGUAUGAUGCUUACAUGGCCAGACUUAUUGAUGGAGGAAAGAGUGGGGCGACAAUAGAGUUUUUCAUCUCCCUUGUUGAAACACUGAAGCUCAGUGAUGCAGGAGUAUUGUCUUCACUUCACAAUGUCAUUCACAGUUUAUCCAAGGUGACUAAGCAUCCUGUGGCCAGCAAGGAUGAUGACGAUGCAUUUAUAUCUUCUGAACCAGAUCCUCCUACUUUCCAUUGGCAGGUUUCUAAGAUAUUUAAUGAUUGGUGUCGGAUACGUGAUCGCCAUGGUGUCAAUGAUGCAGCUCGUGCUCAUUUUAUUCUAGAACUUCAUCAAAAUGUAUUGUCAAGAGCUGAUGAUAUGCCAAACCGCUUUUUCCGCCGCCUUAUGGAGCUUGGUGUGUCACACUAUCUAUCUUCUCAAGGGACCAAUGAAGAAGCAAAUCUAUCAUCUUUCCUUGUCAUUGAUAUAUAUGCAGACCUUGUCUUUUCAAUCUUGAGGUUUCUCCCUGUUGACCAGGGAUAUAGCAAGCUCUCUCUUUUCUCCAAGGUGUUAGCGGUGAUUGUGAGAUUUGUUAAAAAGGAUGCAGAGGAAAAGAAAGAAUCAUUUAUUUCUACACCAUAUUUCAGGCUAUUCAUCAACUUUUUCAAUCACCUUCAUACCCUCGACUCUACCGAUGCAAAUUUUCAGAUGUAUGCUGCUCUAUCAAAUUCAUUUCACGCCUUGCAGCCACUCAAAGUUCCUGCAUUCAGCUUUCCAUGGGUUGAGCUAAUUAGUCACAAAGAUUUCAUGCCAAAACUCUUUGCUGCCAAUGGUCAAAAAGGAUGGCCAUACUUCAAACGCUUGCUGCUAGACUUAUUGAUGUUCAUGGAACCCUUCUUGAGAACAGGGGAACUUACAGAUCCGGUCCGUAUACUAUACAAAGGCACACUGAGAGUGCUUUUGGUGGUGGUUCAUGAUUUCCCGGACUUUGUUUGCUAUUAUAAUUUCAGUUUCUGUGAAGCCAUUGCUUCACGUUGUGUCCAACUAAGAAACAUAAUUCUUAGCACUUUCCCAGCUAACAUGAGUCUUCCGGACCCCAACACUCCCAAUUUGAAGGUGGAUCUGCUAGCUGAGAUAAGUCAAUCACCUUGCAUUGACUUUGAGUUUGCUGCUGCUUUGAAAGCCAACAAUAUGAAAAAUGAUGUUGAUGAGUAUUUCAUGACAAGGCCGGAAAUGUCUUCAUUUCUUUAUGGAUUAAAGUACAAACUACUUCUUUCAUCAAGAGAAGCUGAAAGGUCCGGAACAUACUACAAUGUUCCUCUAAUGAACUCACUUGUACUUUACAUUGGAACAAAGGCCAUCCAACAGCUGCAAGUGAGCACCGCUUCUCAUGAAGCCUCCAUAACUAGGUUUGUCUCAAAGACUGGCUAUUUUGCGGGUGCGGCUUUGGACAUCUUCAGGACAUUAAUACGCGACCUAAAUUGGGAAGGCCGUUACCUCUUCUUCAAUGCGGUUGCAGACCAAUUGCGUUAUCCCAACAACCACACGCAUUUCUUUUCCUUCAUUUUGCUUCACUUCUUUGUUGAGAUAAAAGAGGAGGCGAUUAAGGAACAGAUAACGAGAGUGUUAUUGGAGAGAUUGAUAACUAAACUCCCACACCCAUGGGGGCUUCAGGUUACCUUCAUUGAACUUGUAAAGAAUCCUAGGUACCAAUUUUGGAACCUGAAUUUUACAAGGAGUGAUCCUGAGAUCAAAAGAGUCUUUGACUUUGUUUCAGCAAGUUUUGGUGUCCAUGUACAAUUCGUUAAUGCUGUUUCUGGAGUGCUCUAA